AUGGUGUUUCACUUUCAUAUUAAGGAGGCUGACGAGUUAAAUCAUCCAACUCCUCUAGGGUUAACCUUUAAUGAAAAGGCCCAAGAGUUACGAACACUUUACAUGCAAAGUAAUUUUGAGAUGGGAAUUAGCAGCAUUGGAAGAGGUUACCAACUGAAACAAUUUGUCUCAACUUUUCAAGGCUUGCGCGUGUUAAAGUUAAGUGGUUUAAGAAUGAGUGAAGUGCCGUGGUCGAUAGGUAACCAGUUGGAACAAUUAAGGUACCUUGACCUCUGCGGCAAUAAUUUCAGAGAACUCCCAAAUUCUAUUUGCAGGUUAUAUAAGCUGCAAACAUUAAGACUUGAGGGUUGUAAGGAAUUCGAAGAGUGGCCCACAUCAUCAGUUAUGACUAAAAUGGUUAACCUUAGACAUCUUGAGUUGGGUCUGGAUCCAAGUAUAAAAUACAUGCCACUUGGGUUAGGGCAGUUGUCUUCUCUUCAGACUUUGGGAUGUUUCAUUGUGGGCAACGGAGAACCAGACCUCCUAAGAGGCCUUUUCCCUAGAAGAAGAAAGGAAAUGAUCAAUAAAGACAUGAUUGGUGGUGGGCUUGGGGAGUUGCAUGGCCUAAACCAGCUUGGAGGGGAAUUAGCCAUCAAGGAGCUUAGAAAUGUGAAAGAUGUCAGAGAUGCCAAGGAAGCAAAUUUGAAGUUGAAGUCGGAGCUUCAAUCUUUGACAUUGAGUUGGUCUAGUGGGCAUAGUUGGACGAGGGUAUUAUCAGUAGCAGAUGAAGAACAAGUGUUGGAGGAUCUCCAGCCGCACCCAAAUCUUAAGGCGUUGAAAAUUGAGUGGUACGAAGGCUUCAAGAUGUCAAGUUGGAUGAUAUACUCUUCAUCCCUGCUCCCAAAUCUAGUAGAGCUUACGCUAUGGAGUUGUUCUAAUCUCUACUAUUUGCCACUGAUUGGUGAAUUCCCUUGCCUUAGGCGUCUCUGUCUAAAAAAAUUAGAUGCCCUGAAGUCCAUCUACAAUAUAGUGUUUGUUACUGAAGGGUGA